AUGUCUGAAACCAAACGCGUGUCCAUCUCUGCCCCUCAAGGGACCCCCUCCGAAGGGCGCCGAACCUCCACCACCGCCGCUUCCCGACAAUCCCUCGCCGCCAAACGCCAAUCGCUCAACUUCCCCAAAGCUCCCACCGUCAUCGAUCCCUCCGCCAUUGUGUCCACCCACGCCAUCCUGACGGGGCUCCACCCCAUUACCAUCGGCCCGGACGUCGUCCUGCACCCGUACUGCAAGAUCUCCUCGGUAGAAGGCCCCGUCACCAUCGGGCGGGGAUGCAUCGUGGCGGAGCGGGCGGUGGUCGGGUUCACGACCGAGACGGCCGCGCAGGGGGACUCCGCGCUGAAGGAGCGGGAUGUGACGUUGAAUCGAAACGUCGUGGUCGGGACGAGCGCCGUGGUCGAGGCCAAGGUCGUGGACGAAGGCUGUCUCGUUGGCGCGGGAUGCCAUCUCAAAGGGGGCUCAAACGUUGGAAAGUACUGCAAGAUCGCUCCCAUGGUGAUCGUCCAGCCUGAUGAGUGGAUUUACGACUUCAUGGUCGUCUAUGGGCAGAACGCUCGGCGACGGGACAUGACUAUGAUCACCAACAAGGACACGGUCUUUGCGCUGAAGAAAGAGGAGCAUGAGCAGCAUCUGGCAGUUUUGAAGCGCCUCAUCCCAAGUAAUCUCACAAAGUGGCAGUAG